AUGUCGUCCCCACCUGCCGCCGGCACCCUCGACGACCGCAAGCUCUCGUACGCCUCGUCGACGCAGGACUCGGCGCACAACGACCAUGGCGCACGAUCAGACGGAGAACUCACCUGGACGGCGGAGGAGGAGAAGCGCAUCGUGAGGAAGAUUGACUGGAGGCUGAUGCCGCUCCUCUGGGCGCUCUUCAUGCUGUCCUUCCUCGAUCGGAGCAACAUCGGCAACGCGAAUGCCGCAGGAAUGUCAAAGAGUCUCAAGAUGUCGUCGGGACAGUACCAGUGGCUCCUCACGAUCUUCUAUAUUGGCUAUGCCCUCGGGCAGCCGACUACGCUUCUGUGGAAGGCUCUCUCGCCUCACGUCUUUGUCGCCAUCCUCACACUGUGCUGGGGCGGAUUUGCUCUCCUACAAGCGGCGGCUAGGUGGGAGGGCCUGAUGGCUCUUCGUCUCCUCCUCGGCGUCGCAGAGACCGCCUUCGCACCGGGCGUCACCUUCUUUCUCUCCUUCUUCUACUCUCGUCGCGAAGUCGGCUUCCGCCAAGGACUGUACCUCGGUGCCGCCCCGAUCGCUUCGUGCUACGCCGGCGCCCUCGCUUAUGGCAUCUCGCACAUCCACAACUCCUCCGUACCCGUCUGGAAGCUGCUCUUCCUGAUCGAAGGCGCACCUGCCAUCCCCAUGGCCGCAGUCGCGUUCUUCUUCCUCCCUGAUCGACCGACAAAGGCGAGGUUCCUCAGCCCGCGGGAGAAGGAGAUUGCGAGGAGACGGACGGAGAGGGAUGGGAAGACGGGGAGGGAAGGGGGCUUGAAGAUGAGGAAUGUUUGGAAGGGGCUGCGAGACCCAAAGGCUUACAUCACCGCACUCUGCUACUUCUCCUGCAACGUCUCCUACUCCUCCCUCCCCGUCUUCCUCCCCACCAUCCUCACCGACAUGGGCUUCACCUCGAUCCGCGCCCAAGGCCUCUCCGCCCCUCCGUACCUCGCCUCGUUCUUUGUCGUCGUCGGUGUCUGCUGGCUGUCGGACCGCGUAGGCGACCGCACGGCGUUUUUGAUCCCGCUUUCGAUGCUGGGAGGGAUCGGGUACCUCCUCCUCGCGCUCGUCACCAGCACCGGCGUCCGCUAUUUCGCCAUCUUCCUCUGCGCCUGCGGAAUCUUCCCCUGCAUCGGCCUCCUCCUCCCUCUCACAGCCUCGAUGCACGAAGACGACUCGAAACGCGGAGCAGGGUUCUUGUUGCUCAAUCUUGUCGGACAGUGCGGACCGUUCUUGGGAACUAGGUUGUAUCCGGCUGGAGAGGGACCAUACUACCACAAAGGCAUGGCCAUCUGCUGCGCCUUCAUGUUCUUCGUCACCCUCCUCGUCUCCCUCCUCCGUCUGAUCUUGGUUCGCGAGAAUCGACGCCGAGACGCGAUGUACGGGUUCGUGGACCCGAAGGUGCAGGGAUUGGAGUACGGUCGCAGCGAAGCAUAUUAUCGCCAGCAGCGCGUUGAAGGGAUGGACAAGGACGAAGAGGGAGCCGGGACGAGCGAGGAGCGGGAGAAGGAGGAGCAUGAGAAGAGGUGGAGGUACCUUCUCUGA